GUGACAGUGGAAAAGGUGGUCAUAUGAGAGGGAAAUUUUAUAUUCCAGUCUCUUGAUAGAAUUCAGAAAAUAAAUUUAAUUACGAUGAAGACCACAAACACUCGAUGGAUGGUGACACCAGAAAGGUGACUGAAGCCACUCGGAAAAGAAGAGUGUUAUGAUAGAGAUCCGCCGACACGUAUCGAAUGGAAAUAUUUUCUAAUAAUGCGCCCAUGACAGACGUGCUUGAAUUUUUUUAUAUCCACUCAGAAAAAGAAGCGAGUUAAGGUGACAUCAUAAUAAUGUGCCCACGAGAGGCGUGCUAUAACCAAGAAGGUGGACUAUAGAGUUUAAAUCUAUUCUGAAGAAGAAAUGAGUUAUGCUGACAUCAAAAUAAUGUGCCCACGAGAGGCGUGUUUUAACGAGGAAGGUGGAUUUAAAUUUUAAGCCAUUCAGGAAACAAGUAAUGAGUUACGGUGACAAUAUACUAAUGUGCCCACGAAAGGCGUGUUUUAACCAGAAAGGUGACUGAAGCCACUCAGAAAAGAAGAAUGUGAUGAUAGAGAUCCGCUGACACUUAACGAAUGGAAAUAUUUUCUAACAAUGCGCCCAUGGCAGAUGUGCUUGAACCAGGAAAAUACAUUUUAAAGGGGCAGUUGUGAUAAAUUUCAGACACGGAAGUUCAAAGACACAUGGAAAUAUAUAAUAGUGCGCCCAGGACAGCCGUGCUUAUACCUAAGAAGUAAUUAUUCAAAGACAUUUGGGAUUAAAAAUAAAAAAAUAAAAAAUAAAAAAUCAGAUAGGGAAGCAUAAUGUGAUUGAACAGAAUUAGUUAACACCAGACUACUCGACGUAUAGAAACAUCAUAUAAUAAUGUCCAGGACUGACGUGCUUGAACCAGGAAAGUAAAUACCGUAUUAAAAAGCACCAGGGAUAAACUUUCAGACAAAAAGGCAAUAUACGUGUGGUAAAAUUCUUAUAAUAAUGUGCCCAGGGCUGGCGUGCUUUAACUAGGAAGAAUCUAGAUACGUUUGAAACAGAACUGAAAGAAAUGGAAUUAUAGGCUUAUGUCUGGCUUAUCCAGAGUGGCCACGAUAGGCGUGUCUAACCCGAGACUGGAUAGUUGAAACACCUUUUCAGAUCCCGAAUUGAGUCAGUGCAUUAUUGACAUGGAUUUAGACAGGGAUCUGCGAUGUCCCAUUUGUCUGGAGUUUUUCUCUCACCCCAUGAUUUUGCCCUGUUCGCACGUGCUCUGCCGGAAACCAUGCGCAGAGAACUUGUUUUCGUUCAACUUCAUCCGGUGCCCGGUGUGUCGAGAAAGCUGUUACGUGAAUGGCGGACUCGAGACUCUUCCGAGGGUGUUUGCUCUGGAAAACAUUAUUGAUAAAUUCAAAGCGGGAGGAUUUCGGAAGAGCAAAACGCAUCUAGAGUCACGUGACAGUAGUUCAGAACGCGCGCAAUGCAAUUUGUGUUGUGAACAGAGUCAAGCUGAACGAAAGAAAGCUAAGACAGUAUCCAGAAUCCAUUGCAGUUCUUCUUCUUGUAUAUCCGUCCCCAGGUGUGCGCGCUCUACUGACCAUCUUGAAUUAGAAUCAGGAGCCUCUUCGGUCAGUACGGAAGACAGACCUAUGUUCUGCAGCACGUGUCAACAGCUGUGCUGUCAACAACAUCUACAGCAGCACGUCCUCCAUGCAGUCAUUCCCAUAGAAGAAGCGUAUGCAAAGUUCAAGAUGUCGGUGGAGCAGAACGUGGUGAGUCUGUGGGAGGGGCGAUCCAGGGUCCAGGCCGUGCUUACAGAGGUGGAGGAAGACACGCUCUACCUGCAGAGCGUAAUACGGCGUAAGCGUGAUGAGGUUAAUGAACAGUGCGAUGCGCUCCUAUCAGAGGUGGAAAACAAACGAGAAUUCUUCCUGGCUGACCUCGACUGCGAAGAGCGCAUGCGUCGACACAACUCCGAUGACGUCACGAAAAUUCUACAAAGUGUACUGAGCUCGGCCAAAGAUCUUUGUAAAUAUUCACGAGAUGUUUUGUCUGCCGAUCCAGCCACAUUUCUUGAGGUUGCACCUGGUCUUCAAACACAAUUAAUCACCACUGCGCUGGAGUGCGCGAGUUGCCAUGCGCCGCCCCCGGAGGACGAGCGACUCAACUCUAAGAUCGUCGACUUGAGGAACCAGAGGAAAAUGCUCGCAGCCAUCAGUUAUCUGACACCGCCAGAAUCUCCGCGUAUUGACGUCAGCAAAUGCUCCAGAAGUGACAGCGUGGUGGCGCUAGUUGUUCUUCCGCCAUGCGCAUGUCAGGUUGACGAGUAUGUUGUCCACUACCACACGGAUAAACAGGCGUGUCUUGGCUUGGAAGACACGGUUUCUAUAGCAACAGAUAAUACACCAACCAGCAGUAAUCUACCAAAACACAUGGGGGAUCACGUGAUCUUGCUGGAUAACCUCCAGUCGGCUUCCACGUAUUAUUUCAACAUUUACGCGCGCAAUGCCGCUGGGAAGAGUGGUUCGUCUGAAAUCGUACAGUGCUGUACAUUACGUCAUACGGAGAGCGUUGUUCCAAUUCCUGUGAUAAUUGAAAGUCUUUGUCAUAGCUCCGAGACGUCCGCAUCCCUCCACAGCACCAGUCCGUUCGAUGUUUCGGUUGAGCAAGGCAUAGACCAUCGUCUGCUAUACAGACAGACUGGCAUGAAGACCCUCUGGAACAGCGAGACAUUCCUAGGCGAUGAGGUGCACACUGUACAUGGGCUGGAUUCAAACACAGAAUACGAAUUUGUUCUGCUGGCGGCGAACUUGAAAGGGGAAUGUCAACUGUCCAAUACAGUUGUCUUGCACACGUUGGCGUUAUUGUGAUGCGAAAUGUUCUUGUUAAAGAUUGUAGUAUAUGAAACUGGAGAUAGCAAUAAACAUGUUAGAAUUACA